UUUUGGGCCGGAAUGUCUAGCAGUCAAAGAAGUGAAGGGAUGAAUGCAUUGCUAAAAAUGCAUGUGUCAAAAAAAAAUUCACUUCAUGAUUUCAUGACCAUCUUUCAGAGGGUCUUGGUGAGACAAAGAGAGGGGGAGCUUAAAGAAGAUCGUUGCACAAUGGAGAAAAAACCAAAUUUGAAGACUUUGUGGUCAAUGAAAAACAAAUGGCCCAAAUCUACACGAAAAAAAAUCUUUUAUAUUUUUCAAGACGAGCUUCAACCUAGCUUAAUGUAUAAUAUCGAGCUGGUAAAAAAUGAAAGAGAGGGUACUUUCCAAUUAAAUUUUUGUGGUCAUGAUGAAAGAUUGAGACAUAUUAUAUAUUGCAAAACAACUAAAAUAAACCGUUGUUCGUGUCUCAUGUUUGAAUUCAAGAGCAUUCCAUGCCGACAUAUAUUGGCAUAUCUUAAAUUUACAAAUUAUAGUGAGUUACCGGAGCAAUAUAUUCUAAGAAGAUGGUGCCGAAAUGUCAGAAAAAGGGUUGUUCUUAGAGAUGGUAAUAUUAUUGGAGAUAAUACCACAAUUAAUUUUGCUUCUCGUUUUAGUGAACUAAAUUGCUUAGCUAAUGAAAUGGUCGAAGAGGGGCUAUCUUCUAAUGACGCGUAUGAAUUAAUGCGUGAAAUGAUGAUGGAUGCUAUUAAUAAGGUGCAACGUUUGAAACUCAUCAAUGAUGAAGAAAUUGGACAAGAUGUGGAAGCACCUAAUAUGAAUGCGGAGUGUUCUCAAGAUAUAGUUCAUGAACCAAGUCAAGCAAGAACAAAAGGAAGGCCUAAAGGGAAGAGGUUAAAGCCAUCGAGAGAGAUCCGCAAAUGUCGGUCUAGGAAAUGCAAAUUGUGUGGAAAGCGAGGACAAAAUCAUGAUAGCAGAAAUUGCCCUCUAAAGUUGUCAAGUGAUUCAAUGGAAUAAGAUAAUAUUGAUCAAGCCACUGAUGAUUUAAAAGAUUCCUUUGAGGAAGAUGAAGUUCUCACUAUUGCGUGAAGUUUGAUCAAGGUUGGUGGAGCAAAUCAUAGCACUAUUAGUGAGAAGGGGUUGAAGUCGUUAUGUAUCUGUGUUUUUGAGGUGUGAUUGAAAAAAUGGGUAAUGAGUUUUUGUAUCUUUUGUGUUGGUCCGUUGGCACUACAGAUGAAGUUUUUGUAUCUUUUGAAUGCUGUAAUGUCAUAUGUCGGUUGUCUCCAGUCUAUGUUCGUAUUCAGGCUCUUAACGUUGGAAUCCAGUCAGUUGAUAUUGCAUCGGUCUGUUUCUUCUAUGUAUAAUCAACUAUGCUUGUCUUUUCUUUAA